AUGAAGCUCAUGAAUAGUAUUUUUAGAGAAUACCUGGAUGAUUUUGUUCUUAUCUUCAUUGAUGACAUUUUGAUCUAUUCUAAGAAUGAAGAAGAAAAUAUGGAGCACUUAAGGAUAGUCUUGCAGUGGUUGAGAGAUCGCAAGCUUAAUGGGAAAUUUUUUAAGUGUACUUUCUUUCAAGAAAAGGUGCAUUACUUAGGUCAUGUUAUAACUGGUGAAGGAAUUUCAGUUGAUCCUACAAAGAUAGAAGCAAUAGUGGAUUGGCCAACACCUCAGAAUGUUUCAGAGGUUCGAAGUUCUAUGGGACUUGUAGGAUAUUAUAGGAAGUAUGUGGAAGGAUUUUUGAGGAUAGCAGCACCUAUUACUUCACUUCAAAAGAAGGAAAAAAGGUUUGAGUGGACUAAGAAGUGUGAAGAGUCAUUUCAGCUCUUGAAGCAAAAAUUGACAACAACACUAGUCUUGACUAUACCAGAUCCCAAUGGACACUUUAUAGUGAUUACAGAUUCCUUAGGUGAAGGUGUGGGAGCACUUUUAAUGCAAGAGGGAAAGGUGGUUGCAUUUGAAUCAAGAAAGCUGAAGCAAUGUGAAUUUGAUUAUACACCACAUAACUUAGAGCUUCUAGCUAUUGUUCAUGCAUUAUAA